GAGAAGUUCCAAAUAGUUUUCUUCCUAACUUUUAAUUUGUUGUUUUGUAUUUAUCUAAUAACAUCCCAAGUUAACUUCCUAAAUGAGGCCAAAAGGGAUGCUGGAACAAAACUAGGAUUUGGAACAAACAAGCCUGACACCUUUAUUCAUUAGGCUAAUUCAUUAGGGCUCCAUCAGUUAAUGAACACACACACACACACACACAAGCAGGUACAUGUCUCCACGAUCCCAGGUGUCAAUGCUGAUAUCAUCCAACCUGCCCUGACAAGAAAUAUCCAUUAGCCUCCCUGUGAGAGCAGACACACACCAAAUCAUCAGUUAAUGACUCUGGCUGAUCCUUCGGAGUGCAAAAAACAAGACAAACAUCCCUUAUCAGAUAUAUCAAGAGGAAAGAAGGGAAAUCUAUAAAGUAGCGUCCACCAGAUUUGUCCUAACAGAAGACUUUAAUGUGAGGAAAGGUGUGUGCAGUUAUCAGGAUGGCUGCUGUCAGAAUAACGACGAUGUAGACCUUAGUUUCUUCUUUUUAAAAAGAAUCGUCCUGCUGUAGAUUGGUGAGUAACUUUUCUGCUUUCUUGUAUUUUAUCGCCCCGUUGAGCAGCUCGACUUCUAACUUGAAUCUUAUUUCUUUCUUUAGAGACGACCAUGGAGAACACCACUGCACAACUCUACACUUUCCACCAAACUACACCCCCUCCGUCAUCUCCUUUCCUUUCCUCCUCCAACCUCACCUCCUCCCUUCCUUCACCUCCGCCCGCUGACCUGGUGAUCUCCCCUAACGUGGCGUACAUGGCGGCUGAGCUCGUCAUCGCCUUUCUCUCUACAAUCGGCAACGUGUUGGUCUGCGCUGCCGUGGGCCUCAACCGCAAGCUGCGCACCGUCACCAACUACUUCUUGGUCUCGCUUGCGGUCGCAGACAUCUGUGUGGGCGCGAUUGCCAUUCCCUGUGCCAUCCUGACUGACGUCGGUUUACCGCGUCACAAUCUCUACCUGUGUCUGCUCAUGCUGAGCGUUUUAAUAAUGUUCACCCAGAGCUCCAUCUUCAGCCUGCUGGCGGUGGCUGUGGAGCGCUACGUGGCCAUCUUCAUGCCCUUUCGCUACCAGGUCCUGAUGACGCCUCGCAACGCCGCGUUAGUGAUCCUGACCACGUGGCUGCUGGCGUUUCUCAUCGGGCUCGUGCCUCUGAUGGGCUGGCACAAGACGCCGCCUGAUUCAGGCUACUGUUUCUUUGUCUUCGUGGUGGACAUGACCUACAUGGUCUAUUUCAACUUCUUCGCCUGCGUGCUGGCCCCCUUGGUGAUCAUGUUUCUCAUCUACGCCCAAAUCUUCGUCACGGUCAAGCGGCAGGUGAGGCGCAUCGCGUCUGAGCAAAGCGGCAGAGGGGAGGGACAGAUGAGGGCUGCGGCCAGCAUGCGCCGAGAGAUGAAGACCGCCACUUCGCUCUUUCUGGUUCUUUUCCUCUUCACAGUCUGCUGGAUCCCGCUCCACCUCAUCAACUGCUUCCUGCUGCUCUGCCCACGCUGCCCUGUGCCGCUAGAGUUGCUGCUCGCCGCCAUCAUCCUGUCACAUGCCAACUCUGCUGUCAACCCCUUCUUGUAUGCGUACACGAUGACAGCGUUCAGGGACACCUUCAAGGCAAUUUUCAUGUGCUGCAGGACGGUGGGAGACAGAGAGGUUUCGAAUGCAGCCAGUGGUGAGGAUAGAGAGCGCUGAGAUCCCAAACACUGAACGCUGUCUGUCGCAAUCUUAAAGGGUUGGUGCAACUAUAAGGAUGUAUACAUAAUGUAGAAGGGCUUUGGAAAAUAACAUUUUGAUGCUAAAACCUACAUACUUGUACAUACAAAUCUGAAUGUUUGUAUUUGAAUACAUGAGGAACACCACUGGGAAGCUACAGAAUGAUAUAAAAAUCUUAGAAAAAAA